UCCCUCCAAUCAAUCUCCGCCACGUCAUCCCACCCUCUUCCGUUCCCCGCCACGUGUUCCCUGCCUCAAUAACUCCUUCACCGACGCCGUCAGUUCCCCCUCUCUGUUUUUUCCGUCAACCAAAUAAACUCCGCUUUUUUCUUACGAUUAUACCAUUUUCUCCGGUCAACCGAAACCCUAGCCCCCUCUCUCUCUUCAAUCGCGAACCAUUGCAAUCCAGAUCGGCGGCAUACCUCCGGCCCAUGACGGUACCGGACCGAUUCGCAUGCGCCGGUGAAACAAGAUCGCGUUCUAUCUAUCUAAUUACCAGAUCGGUGCGCACCAUUUUCGGAUCGGCGAUAUUCUGCGCCAGAUUGGACAGGAUUCCAUGAAGGAAGACGAUGAGAUUCAGUCGUAUCCGUCGCCGGGGAGUGGAUCUCCUGAUUCUCCGAUGUCCAACGGCCGGAUAACCGUGACGGUGGCCGCCGCAGCACCUCCUCCUCCGCCUUCUUCUCAGGGCACAAUAACCUUGGCUCUGCCGAAUCAGCAGUCCAAGGGCGGCGGCGGCGGAGGUGGAGGCGGAAGAGAAGAUUGCUGGAGCGAGGGAGCAACGUCGGUGCUGAUCGAUGCUUGGGGCGAGAGGUAUUUGGAACUGAGCAGAGGUAAUUUGAAGCAGAAGCAUUGGAAAGAGGUAGCUGAUAUUGUGAGUAGCAGAGAGGACUAUACGAAGAUACCGAGGACUGAUAUUCAGUGCAAGAAUCGGAUUGAUACGGUCAAGAAGAAGUAUAAGACUGAGAAGGCUAAGAUUAUUGCUGGAGGAGCACCCAGUAAGUGGCCAUUUUUUGAUAGAUUGGAUCAAUUGAUCGGUCCGGCCUCGAAGAAUCCUGUGUCUAGCGCUGGUUUAGCCACCGCUGUAAAUCCGCCUCUGCAGCAGAACCAGAAAGUUCCACUCGGAAUUCCUGUAGUGAAUCGAUCCGUGAAUCCUUACCAUAAUCACCAGCAGCAGCAGCAGCAGCAGCAACAGAAGGGGUCUAAAGCUCAGAAGAUACAGCUCCACAAGCGGCCCCGAACAGAUUCCGACUCCUCAGCAUCGGAGAGAGAAACAUCCCCAACUUCGAGUGAUAGUUUCCUACCAGAAAAUUUUCGGAGGAAAAAUGUUAGGGUUCAAAAGGAGGUGGUGAAUCCGAAUGUAGGUCAGGUGGGGAAAGUGGUGAAGGGAAGGAAUGGAUCAAGAGAAAAAGGGUGGGGGAACGCCGUGAAUGAAUUGACACAAGCAAUACUGAAGUUUGGGGAGGCGUAUGAACAAGCCGAGAGCUCGAAGCUGCAGCAAGUGGUGGAAAUGGAGAAGCAGAGGAUGAAAUUUGCCAAGGAUCUUGAAUUGCAGAGAAUGCAAUUCUUCAUGAAGACGCAGUUGGAAAUCUCGCAGCUGAAGCAUGGGAGAAGAGUCGUGGCUGCUGUUAAUCACCAUCAUUGCAGCAACAACAACAACAACAACAGUAACAGCGAUAGCAGCAACUAGAACGCAGAAUUACUAGGUAAUAUUUUUCUCAUAAUUGGAAAUGGUAGUAGUGCCAGUUAUUAUAUUAUCUGUAUCCUAAUUUAUAAUUUUCCUCUCAUAAAUUAACUUCAUCAAGCUGUUCAAAUCCAGUGGAUUAUUCAGUCUGUUACCAUUAGAAGUCAUCUACUAUUAGUUCUCCUCAUGAUGAUAAUCAAUCACAGCCUUAUAUUGGAAGAAUGCAAAUACUGUUCCUGAUAA